CGCACAGAAUGAGCUCUUGUUGUCUUCAGGAGUGAACAGUACACCAAUGGGGCGCGUAAUUUGAUCGAGCGAAACCAUGAACCCGGCGCAUUCAAGGAGGACGACGGCCCUCCAUUGCCUCAUAUACGUUUGGCUACCAUGAUGAAUUCAAUCCUACCUUGCGAAUGACUAGGCAGGGCAAAUUAGCAGCCGCGCGCUGCUUGCACCUGUUGCUGGCGCCUUUCCUACUGAGCUCGGUGCUCUGCAAGGAAGAAAGAGUUGAGGGUUGGAUAAGCGUUGUCAUCGCUCCAGAUGAAGCCAGCGAAGGCCCUCAACUUGUGCUGCGACUCGCAAAUACGAUGGCGGGGGCUCCAGGCUUCAAGUUCAUGAACUUGAAGACGCUGAGGGAGGACACCUUAGCUGAGGCUAUUAGCAGCUUCGCGCCCGGCGCUCGUGUAGCAGUGGUGGGCGAGCUCCGAAAUUCGCAGCCCGCCACGGGCACCACAGUCGAGUCCGCACCCUACCUCGUGGCGAGCUCCAUAGACUUGCUUGAUGAUAUUAAUCAGACAACUGAGCUGGGAGGCUACUCAAAUACUGCCGCAACACGGUCAGCGGCUGCCUCGGACUCCGCAUCGGGCGACGCCACCCCUAUGAAGGCUCUCUUCCUUAUCGUGUCCACUACCUGCGGAGGGCCCAGGAGCUUGCCGGCGGCCACUCGCGAGGAGUUGGAGGCCAUCCUAUUCGACAGCGGCAAUGCCGGAGGAGGGAGUAGCAGCGACAUAGCUGGCAGUAGCACCGGCAGCAGCAAUGGUAGUAGCAGCAGCAGCAGCAGUAGCUCAGUUCCCACGCUUCAGUCCUACGUGCGCUACUGCUCCAACGGCCGCGCGGCGCUGUCACCUGACACCAGCCGCGUGCUCGACAGCGUCGUCAUUCCCUGCGCCGGCCCCGUCAGCGCCGCCACCAGCCAGCCGGUGUGGCUGACCAGCCGCUGCCAGACAGGCGACAUGCUGGGCUGGGGCGAUGCGGCGGUGGAGGCAGCCAAGCAGCAGCUGGGGCCGGACGGGCUAGCGAGCUACCAUCACGUGGUCCUGGUGCUGCCGCGUGACUGGCGCUUGCCGCCAUCAUCUGACGGCGCCGCCGUCGCCAACGGAAGCGGGGGCGGCGGCUGUGCGGGCUUCACUGCUAGUGGGGAGGUGGGCGUGCCCCGCCGCAACGCUGACGGCAGCCCUGCCUACGCCUUCAGCUGGCUAAGUGGCGAGCGCUACCCCAUGUUUUCCAACUACUUUCACGAGAUGUCCCACAACCUGGGGCUGCUGCAUGCCGGCACUGCCAACGGCUGCCAGUACUGUGACGCCACUUGCGUCAUGGGCUACUGCUGCGACCGCGUGUGCCCGAACGCCGCCCACAUGUGGGCCCUAGGCUGGGCAGAUCCCGCCAGCGGCCCAUCUGCGGCCGAUGCCCAGGGACAGGGUGGUGACUUGGGAGUAACAGACGGAGGAGCAGCAGCAGCAGCAGCGAUGGGCGGCUCUCUGGUUCUGGAGGGGCUGACUGAGGGGCUGACACUGCCGUACCGACUGCCGGCACAGCACAGCAGCGAUGCCAGCUUCGUGAUGAUCGACGCUGCGGCCGCCACCGGCGGCAUCCGGUACUUUCUGUCGUACCGCGACGGUACGACCAGCGGCGUGUACGACAGUACGGUGGGGAGCAGCUUGCACGUGCACGGGCAUCUGACGGGUACGGCACGGCGGCGGUACACUGACACGGGCGCCUGGAUGGAUUCGGUACACGUGGCGGCGCUGGCGGCGGGCGAUGUGUGGCGGGAUGAGCAGACACGCCUGCAAGUGCGUGCUGUUGCAAUCAGCGGUGGGGAGGCCGUGGUGCGGUUGUGCCGGGCCCCGGUGCUGCAGCUAGCCGCUGGCACCGCCGCGCCUGUGAACAGCAGUGCAGCCAACUGGUCAGCUUGCGACAUGCCGGCCGGCGGCAGCGUUAGUGUUACCGGCGGAGCCGAGGCCAUCGGCGUCAGCAGCCCUGCGCCCUCGCCAGCCCAGGGCGAGCCGGCCGGAAGCGCAGGCCAAGCGCAGACAACCGCGCUGGCGACGCAGCAGAACGUUACGCCGACGCCAGCGCCCACACCCGAUCCCACAACGGCUCCGUCCCCUUCUCCUGUACGGCAGGCUCAGGCAUCCUUACGGAACAACGGCUCGCCGACGCCGACGCGCUCGCCGUCGGCGCCCAGCCCUCCCCAGCCGGACACACCCAGCUCGCCCAGUCCCCCGGGGCCAUCAGGCACUCCCACGUCGGCUGAGGCAGCUCCUGCCGCCACGGGCAGCAAGCGCAAGGCGAAGCGCGCGUCGCCCUCGCCCCCACCUUGGCCGUCUCCCUCGCCGGAGACAGCACCAACGCCAGGUGGUGGCGGUGGUGGUGGUGGUGGUAAAACGCGCAAGCAGCCGACGACCUCGCCGAGGAAGCGCGGCAAUGGCGCGGGCCGCCUUCGGCGCCUUCUGGGGCGGGCGUUCGAGUGACGCACACACAUACACACACACGCAUACACAUACACACACACACGUAUGCCGUCGCGUUGCUGCAUUGCAUACACCGUCUUUGCGCUUUGUUUUCCUUAUGCUCUUUAACACAUACGCCCGUGUGCUCUACCACGCACGCAUUCACACGCGCCCCAACACAUGUACACGGCGCCAUGCAUACUGACAUCGUGUGCUGGUAGUAGCUGGUCGUAGCCAGUAGUAUUGCUGACAGAUUAUUAUUUUAUGCCUUUAUUACUGCCAUGCAAUGGAGGGAAGCUUUACCUUGUUAGCCGUGCGGCGCAUCGAUGGUUUGGCGCCAGCCCGCCCCCCGCUGUGGUCGGGCGGCGGGCGGUCAUUCCUCACGGCCUUCCGCGAUCUUCUCCCACCACUCUUGCGUAGCGUCCUUCGAGCACUGUACAUACAGACUAUGGUGUUUGGACCGCUUGGCGAGCUACGGCCAGCCGAUUGGGCCUCGCAAUGGUAUUAGCAAGACGAUCGGGCUGCAGUGAAGCCCUGCGUGCCGCGUGUACAUACCCAACUGAAUGGGCGCGUCAGGCGUGUGCUAGCGCUCGCGUUUGGCAGGGGCACCCCUGCGUUUUGGUUUUGCUUCUUACAAUCCCUGGGCCAUGUGCAGCGUGUUACACGCCAAAGGCUUGUAACAUGCUUAUGUAGAUGCAUAGGGUAGAGAUGCGGAACGUGUCCGGCGUGAACAUGUUGCAGGCUGUCGUCCUGGGUGUCAUUGGAAUAGGGAUAUUCAACACUUUGGUUGUGGGCAUGGAUGCGUGUACUUCACACAAACAUACAUCGAUUGCACGCAACACGUGAGGCGGCGUGUAGCAUGUAACCCUCAUGUACUUCACACAAACAUACACCGAUUGCACGCAAAACGUGAGGCGGCGUGCAGGUCUUGCUGGGGGUCUUGCACUGUCUUGCGCGCGUGUGCUGAAAGUGAGCAUCGCCACACAGUGGGCCGGGCCCACCGGGCCCGGGCGCCUGGUAUGUUGGGGGAGCCUCUGCGGCUGCCCCGAGCGCCUUUCAAAAUUGCUUAUUGCAUCAUCAAGGGUUAUUGCAGGUGGAAGUGGAUAAUGCAAAGCAGGCUGCUGGAUUGAGCGCGUUUGAGAGAGGGGGUCCUGCGUAUGGAUUAGCCCUGGAAGCCAAAUGCAGACAACGCACUUGUAUCGGGUACAGUAAGGUGUUACAGGUUAGGUGUUGCACGUGGGUGUUACAGUAUAGCACCAUAAUGCGGAUACGGUGUCAAGUGGGCUGGUGGGGAGGUAUUUCCUGGUAUCAGGGAAACGAGGGAUUCGUGUCGCAACAUGGCAAUGGAGACGCCGUCCGCCCGUCGUGGCAGAGGCAAGAUGACGUAGCAUCCUUUGCUGCGCUAUAGCUGUUGGUGGAGUUAACUUGCCAAAAGAUCUUAUCUUACGGAGCGGGGUGGGGGCGGUGGCUUGAGAUCGUGCCUGCUGUCAGUUGGUGGGGGGCCCGGCGAUGGAGUUGCCCGUGGUAGUCUGGCGCCGACGGACAAAGAGCGCCUGGGCUGUAAAACACUGUGCAA